ACACUUCACAGUCCUCCGUGCCAGCGCAAACGCAGCCGGUGCAACGCGCAGGGCAGCAGCGGGAGCGGAGCUCCGUUCGAGGGACAAGAAGCAGGCAGGUGCAUGGCAACUAGCUUCGAGAUAGCGUGGAACAACGCAUCGCAGCUACUGCACCUGGCACCGAAGGAACUACGCCGCCGCCGCUGGUGAGCAUCGAUCUGUUUACUCGUCCACCGUCGAGCAGACCGCAUACCAUACCGUCCGCCGCCGCAUUCACCACCGCACCCUCGCUCGCCGCCCAACCGCGCGGAUUCGUGCUUACUCGUCCGACGAGCAACCUGCAAGACGCACUUCAACGAUCCCUGCUUGUGGCACCUCGCCGAUAACUCGACCCGCCACCGAAACAAGAAAUCCAUUGCAACUGCCCCCGAAGCGCUUGCAGCCGACGCGGCGCACGUACGACGGCAGCGCGCAGGGCAGCAUCUCCGCCCCACUGGCAAAAGUGAUGUGUCGUCAACAAUCGCUCGCCUGUGUCUUGUUUGCAUUCUAACAUGGGCAUCGACUCGCGCCGUCCGCCGCUCCCCGCGCCGACUGAGUCCAUGGACGAGAACGACACCAGCGGAGGAGAUACCGAAGUGGCCACCAACGUCACGUCGCGCACCGACAAAACACACUACACCAUUCCUGAGGACGGCCGGCCCAUCACCAUCUCGACCCAGAAGGUCACCGCCGGCGGCAAGGGAGGCGGCAUUGGCAAGCACGGGCGGCAGAAGAGCCAGACAAGCUUGCUGAUUGAGUAUUUCGAGGCGAGCAAGACUGGCGACAAAAGCCGCAGCAGGCCCAGCGUGCGGGUCAAGGUCACACCGAGUUCCGCGAAGAAGGGGAGAAGUGGAGGGGACAGCGUUCAGAUCACUUCCAUCGGUGGUGACCGCAAGCCUUCCUACACGAGGAGAAUUCCGCUGCCGAGCGGCAAGCAAAGUGAAGCCACCGAGCUGAGUGCGUCUUCAGAUAGCAACGUCUCUGCGCAUCCGCCAGUGGAGAUCGAAGUGCUCAACAACAGCGACAUUUCUCGACCGGAUAGGUCAUCGCGCGGACUGAUGUAUGCGCCGGUCGAAUCAAACGUCUCGUCCAUGCCGCCAGACAGCAUGCUGGAGGGCGAGAACUCCGUUCUGGAGAGCGACCUCAGCUAUGACGAUACGACAGCUGCCAAGGAAACUGCGUAUUUGAGGGCGCCCCGGAGGACUGGUAGUCAAAGCAGGACCAACAGCCGAGACCGCAUUGCGCAGCGAGUCAUGGAGAAGCUGGGUGCCACUGCGACCACACCUCGAAAAUCCAGUCGCUCGAGCAGCAGAGAUUUUGAGGCCGAAGGGUACACGCGCGACCGCCGGCGGUCAUCGAAAUCACAGCGCUCCGAAGAUGACGCUGUGACUGGUGCCGAGUCGAGUCUCCUCUCGAACAGGAGCGAUCGUUCUUACCGAUCCGGCCAUUCUCAGGCCCGCAGCAUGACUAACAAUCCGAAAUUGUUGGAGAUGGUGGAGGAUACGAUCAAGCGCAUGAUUUUGCCCGAAAUCAAUCAGAUGAAGGAGGACCAGAAAAUUGACCGCAAGCUGCACAAGUAUGAUGACAGUCGAAGUGGGUCGAUGGGGGCAAGCAGUACAAGCUUGGAGAGGAAAGUUAGCAAAUCUUCGAGCACACCACACCUGGUAUCACGACCAAAAGUGGUGCUCAACCGCGAUGGAGACGACCCAGGCGUGGUACUUUCCAGAGGAGAUUCGGAGCGAGUCAAACAUCGCAGAUCCAGCCGCGAGCACUCGGAUCGACCCUCGACAAGUCGCCGUUCUUCUGGCAGGCAUUCUCGCGAGGGCAGCUAUGAAUCAGAGGACAAGCUGAGGAAAAAGUCGAGCCGGAGCACAAACGGAUUGCGGGGUGCUGCAGCAGCAGGUCUUGCAGCAGGUGGUGCUGGUGGUGCACUUACAUCCGCAGCAUUGAGGCAUCAUGACUCUCAGGGCGAUCUUAGUGAGCGACGCAAGAGACGAUCCAAGUCAAAGAGCAGCCGCAGCCGGUCAGCAAGCAUUAACGACUCCGUUGAAGAGACUUAUACCAAGAAGGAGAAAGUCCCUGCAAUGCCUCUCGCAAGCGCAAUCAACGACUCAGAUGUGACUCGCGAUAGCCUACUAUCGUCGAACAACGACCAGCCCUCUUCUCGAGAUUCUGCAGAGAUACGGACUCCUAUCAGAGAGGUAUCUCGUGGGUCACUGGGUGAUGGAACCUCCCCUACUUCCUCCCGCACACCGACUAGGCCAGUCUCGAGACAAGACAAGAACCUCGGUAUGAGCCACACAAAUCUGCAUUUGCAGAAUUCGCCUUUGAAUAGUCCAGCCCGCGAGAGUCCUGCCAGUGUGAAGAGUCCCAAUGGCGGCAUAUCAAACAAGACGCGAUUGGCAGCACUUGCUGCAGCUGGGCUCGGGGGAGCCGCGGCCGCUAAAAGCAUUGACAGUCGACAUGUGGAUGCCGAUGGCUAUGGAGACUCAGCACCACGGCGGCAGCUUAGCAGCGGCAGUCCGGUGCAGAGCGUUUCGAGCCUUCGCAGAACGUUUGAGGAUAGUCCGCUGAUUCCACAAGGGCUUCGACCAAGGAGUGCGGCGUCACAUUCGUCUGUUGACCGUUUGCGCGAAAGUCAGAAGUCACCAUCGUCGCUACGAUCGGACUCAGCGCCAACGACGCAGAGGCUGGCUCAAUCGGCGAAACACUCACGCGAUGUGAGCGUAGAAGGGCGCGAAACUCCUGUUGAGAGAAACGAUGCUGCAUUCUGGCGUGAAGGAACGGGCACACCUGGAGCCGAAACUGCAGAUGAAUGGCUCGAACGCCAACAUUUGAUCAACGACCAAUACCGCGACUCAUUGGCAACGAACCGCGAUUCGUAUCAGACGAACCCAUAUCCCGAGGACGCGAAGCGCUUCACCAUGUACACAGACGAUAGCUAUCUUGACGAAACUGGAGAGCAUGACGAGCAAGGGCUUCGAGACAUCGACGGUGGUGGUCUCGCGCCCAACUAUGUUCAUACUCCAGUGGCGGUGGAAUCUGCAGUAGCGUCACUCAUGGAGCCGUCCACCGUCAGCAGCCAUGUCAUUUCUGCCACCAGCAGUGCUGGCAAGUCCAAUGGCGGCAGCUACAGUGAUCGGAUGGCUGCGCAGCUGAAGGAGAUGGGCCAGGAAAAGUCGCCAAUAUACAACGGUUCGACAAUGAGUGAGAACAUCCCCAGUCAAGAUCGGUGGGCUGCCAUAAAAGGGCAUGCACGUAACCUUUCCGGACAGUCACCUGCUCAGAGCCCUGUGCGCGAACAGCGGAUAGACGACAAACCCGUUAUGACUGCCAGCGGAUUGCCGCUCGCGGAAGACCCAAUGCCGGAGAUUGGCCAUUUCGACUCGCAGUCAGAUCUGCAGACCAAUCCAUCAAUCAUUCAAGGACCACUUGGCGGUGAUGCAACAGGAAAAUCCACAUGGCCGUACACGCCGGAGCCUGAGAGCAAUCGCAACAGCACCGAGCAGAAAAAUGGACUCAGCAAAGGUGCCAUGCUUGCAGGCGCCGCAGCAGGCGGGGCUGCAGCCAUUGCAGCAGCUCACGCUGGCCGCCAGCCUAAGGUCGAGGACGACCGAGAUUUCGAAAUCGACCGCGAGGCCACACCGACCGGCCGCUCGUUCCGAGACGAAGGCUAUGCCACCGACGGACGGACGCGCUCUGGAGGCGGGAUCACACCUAAAGCCGAAGUCUAUGGUAAGCAGGACCUGGAGGAAUACCACCGUGCCAUGGACGCUCAAGACUUGGGUGACGAUGACCCAUUCUCCCCUGCUUCCGCAGACCCGAGACACAUGCGACAAGUUAGUGGCAACUCGCACGGUAUGGAUUCGCCUCUGUAUGAUGCGUCCACGGGCAAAGGAAUGGACCGGAUAGAGUCGAAAGACAUCGUGGCUCUUAUGGACCACUUGACCGUGCGGGAUGCUCAGCGCAACGCGCGCGACACGGAAAUCUUGGUCACCCUUGUUCGCAGCGCAGCGGAGAUGCGGUCUUCUUUCGAUGAAAUGAAAAAAUUCAUCGCGGAGCAGGACAAGUUGAUCAUGCAGAAUACCGAUCGUGACGCAGAACUCACUGCACAGAGGGUUCUUGGUGGCCCUCGUCCGCAGCCAGUGCCUUCGCCUCGGACGCCUCGUCGGCAAGUCAACUCAGAAGAGGACAUCCAGCAAAAGCGCAAAGGUGUUCUCAGUCGCGCUCUCAAAGGUCUCACGGGCGGCAAGAGUGCGAAGGAUCUUGCCAGAGUUGAAGAGAUGCUUAUGCAGAUUUUGGACAACGUCGAAGAUUUGAAGUAUCAACAGAACCAGGGCGCACCGCUCAACCGUUCUUUCACUGCAGACAGCAUGGAUACCUACGAGAACAUGCGCGCCACUCAAGAUUCUGGCUACGAGCCUGAGGGACAGGCAGGAACAUCGAGCACGCCCAGUCAAUCGGGCCACUUUCCGAUCACACCGCGUGAGAAGCAGCAAUUCCACUCUGGCUAUGACGGGCGCCGUGGCUCGGACAACCGCGUGAGCACUGUUCUCGAAGAGAGUGAUGAUGAGUUGGAGCCCCAUGAAGCACAUGUACUCAAUCACCAAUUCGAGAAUAACGAACGACUGUUGACGCCUACACAGGAGCGACAACGCACUCUCGGGUUAUCCCCUAGGAACACACCCCCACAGCCCAAUGUGGCGACCAACAACGACCAAACUCCUGAGAAGCAACGUAAACACAAGAGCAACAGCUCGUCGUUGUUCGGCAUGAGUGUGCCCAAGAUAUCCCGAUGGUCGCGUACCACAACCUCGUCCGCAGCGCCGGAACCAGCAACGCUCGACAGUCCGAAGCAGACCCAGGAGCCAAAGAAGUCGUUCGAUUCCUCUCGAUCCUCCUUGGACGAUUACGAUGACGACAGGUCUUCUUUCCGCUCGAAAGACACCCUUCCACGGAAGCAGAAUGCCGGACAGUACGCAGAAACCCGGAGCAUGCGUAGCCAAGCGAGCAGCAGAUUGACACGGACUCCAUCUCCUCUGAUACCCUCCGAGGCAUCCGCCAAGCAACAUGCUUCGCAAGGAUAUGACCCGGCAGACUCGCCCGUCCAAGAAGACGACGAGGCACAAUUUGACGACCCUAAAUACCAGGCUCACCGCAACUCGCUGCUUCUGCAGCAUCCGCAGCCAAGGCAGGGCACAACCUCGCGGCACCAGAACACAUUGGAGUCUCAAGCACAUUCGUUUGACGACCCCGCAGGCACAAAUUCAGACCUCUCACAGCGGACUGUAAGCGACUUUGACCCAUCCGCGUGGGGUUCGUCUGGCACGGCGGGGCUGGCGCGGCAUCGCCUUACACAAGUGGAGCCUCUCAGCCCCGUGAGCCUCAACCAUCAGGAAAAGUAUGGCAAUCGCAAAGAUGGCAGUGAUGCGGACCCACUGGUUCCACAACAGAAGCCUGCUGUGCCUCCCAAGAUCAAGUACGAUGAUCCGGAAGAAUGGGAAGAACCGCAAUACAGCAACAGCGGCUUCAGCAAAGGCGGAUAUUACACUUCGCCAUAUGGCUCCGGUCAUCUGCUAGAGCCCAUUGAGGAGGUGCGAUACAGUUUGGAGACUGACAGUGGGAGAAAUAUGUCCCCAGAUCCGCAGGUUGCUUCUGCCAAGGCUGUUAACAUCAACAGUCCUGCUCGAAAGGGCUUGACGGGCCCUAGACCAAUGGGUUCUUCGAGAACUCCGAGCAAUAGCAAUACUGUCAAGCCAGCAGCGGAUCAUACUCCAACGUUCAGCGGCACUGUGAGGAGGAAACCUGUUCCCGGAGCACAAGACUCGAGGGAUAGUCUGGACAGUGAGACGUUUUAAUGCUUGGGUUUUCUUGCUGCAUUUUUGGGAUAGCGAGCGAGCAAUCGCUGAGGACUUUGUUUAUUGUUGGAGCCCACCAACGACGACGAUAUGAUGAUGACCCAGAAGCAGAAGCGAAGGAACCCAGAAGAUUAUAUGAUAUUGGCAACACGACCAUGGAAAGGAAAGCGGGAAAAAGCGUUUUGUGCAAGCGAAGCAGAGAUUCGUAGUGUGUACCUUUUUCUCCGAUUGCUUCGUUCAUUGUUGAUGGGGAAAAUGGAUAGAGAGACUUUUUGUACAAUUUUGCAUAGCAUGCGCGCAGCAGACAUACACAGCUGUACAUAUCAAGUUGACGAGGGCG